GGCCGGUCCACAUUCAACAUGGAGCCCGCCAAUCAGCCAGCAGGAGUGCGAGUUGAUAAAAGUUCCUCGGCUCUCGCGUCCCGCAACACCAGCAACCGCAUCCAAGCGCCAAUGGAGCCCGAAACCGAGAACCUCGACGUAGUGGUCAUUGGGGCCGGCCUCAGCGGCAUCAAUACGGCCUACCGGCUCAAGACGCAGCUGCCGCACCACAGCUAUGCCAUCCUUGAGGCGCGCGCUGAAUUGGGCGGGACAUGGGCCUUCUGGAAGUACCCCGGCAUCCGCACCGACAGCUCCAUGGGGCUGUUUGGUUUCUCGUGGCGGCCCUGGCCUCACGAGGUCAACAUGGCGCCCGCGCCCGCCAUCAAGCAGUACAUGGAGGAGUGUGCUGCCGCCGAGGGCAUUGACAAGAAGAUCCGCCUCCGCCAUCGCGUGGUAGUUUCAAGCUGGAGCAGCCAGGAGCAGCGCUGGACCCUGCAGGUCGACGCGAAGGGAGAGGACGGAACCGUCCACCGCAAGGUGAUCAAGGCGUGGUGGGUCAUCAAUGCCAGCGGCUACUACAGCUACGAGAAGCCGCUGCCUGCCGUAAUCCCGGGGAUUGAGAGGUUCGGCGGGCAGGUUGUGCACCCGCAGUUCUGGGACGAGAAGGUCAAUUAUUCCGGAAAGAAGGUCGUCAUCAUCGGGUCCGGAGCAACCGCCAUCACCCUGCUGCCCGCCCUCGCCAAGACCUCCCACAGCGUGACCAUGCUGCAGCGCUCUCCGUCCUACGUCAUGAGCCUGCCCAGCAAGAACAGUACGAGCGCCUUCCUGUCGAAGUACAUGCCGUCAUCGUGGGCGGCCCAAAUCCACUGGUGGCUCAGCAUGCUCAUCGAGACGCUGUUUGUUGGGUUCCUCAAGACCUUCCCUCAAGUGGGGAGGCGCUUCAUCAUGAGCGAGAUGCGCAAUUCCCUGCCCAAGGACUUCGACAUCGACAAGCACUUCAACCCGCGGUACAACCCCUUCGAGCAGCGCCUCUGCUUCUGCCCCGGCGCCGACUUCUUCAAGGCGCUGCACCGGCCCAACACGCGCGUCGUCACCGACAACGUCGAGACCGUCACCGAGACGGGCAUCCUCCUGAAGUCGGGCGAGACCCUCGAAGCAGACAUGAUCAUCACCGCCACGGGCCUGUAUUUCUCCCUCCUCUCCAGCGUCAAGGCCACCGUGGACGGCGAGUCGGUCAACGACACGCUCGGCACCCGCUACAUAUGGAAUGGUGUGAUGCUCGAGGGCGUGCCGAACUCGGGGCUGAUAUCGGGUUACACGGCCGCCACGUGGACUCCCGGCGCGGACGCGCGCGUUCGUCAGCUUAUCAAGGUGAUUAAGUAUAUGGACAAGGUCGAGGCCACGAUGGCCAUGCCGUGCAUUGAACCCGCCGAGAGGGCCCAAAUGCCGGUGCUGCCUGGCAUCAAUCUCAGCUCGACGUAUGUCGUGUCGGCGAUGGAUCGCUUGCCCAAGAUUGCCGGGAAGGCGCCUUGGGUGAAUGGAUCGAAUUGGGCGGUGGAUAUGUGGCGGCUGAUGACCAGCAAUGUCAGGGAGGGCAUGAGGUAUACGUUUGCCGAUAAGAAGGGUAUCUGAGGCCUAGUGAUGCAUGGUGCUUGAGGCAAGCGGUGAAGUUUUGUUUCUGAAUCACUCGAUGCUUGUUUGAGCCGUAUAGAGCCAUAUCUGUAUCAAGUUCUCAG